AUGACAGCAGCGGCAAGAGCAGCCGCUGCAGCAGUAACAGCAGCUGCAGCAGUAGCAGCGACAGCAGCAGCAAGAGCAGCCGCUGCAGCAGUAACGGCAGCUGCAGCAGUAACGGCAGCUGCAGCAGCAACACCAGCUGCAGUAGUAACAGCAGCUGCAGCAGCAACAGUAGCCAAUGCAGCAGUAACGGCAGCUGCAGCAGCAACAGCAGCCAGUGCAGCGGUAGCCGUAGCUAAAGCAGCAAAAGUAGCUGCAGCAGCAAUAGCAGCAGCAACAGCAUCUGCAGCAGCAACAACAGCUGCAGCAGCAAUAGCACUAACAGUAGCAGCAGCAGCCAAAGCCUAA